GGGGCGGUGGCCCGGGAAGGUUUAAAAGCUGCUGCAGACUGGCGCAAGCUGUGGGGCGAAGUCGGAUGCCAGUGGGAGUAGAAGGAAGAGGCAGCAAGACAGAAGAGAGCAAAGGGAGAGACGCACCUGUCAGCAUGGAUGUGUACCAGGUGGCACUCACGGAUGGACUGAGAACAGUAACCACCAAGAGACUGGAUGGCUGGAUUGCGGACACCCUGCAGCCCAGCCAAGAUUUCACUGCACAGGUGAAGGAGACAGUGUGGCAAAUCUGUGAAUUCCUGAAGAGGGACUGCUUUGAGGAUAACAUCCACGUCCUAAAGACUGUCAAGGGCGGAUCAGCAGGGAAGGGCACAGCUCUGAAGAACAACUCUGAUGCUGAUGUGGUGCUCUUCCUCAGCUGCUUACGCAGCUACGAGGAGCAGAAGAGGAACAGAAGGGAUGUCCUGGAUUUGAUAAUGAUAAGGCUGAAGGCUUGCAGGGAGACCUUGCGGUUCAAUGUGUACAUCAGUGAGCCCAAGUACAAGGGUCCUGACAACACACCGCGCUCCCUCAGCCUUACUCUGUCCUCCAAGGUGACAGGAGAGUCCAUUGAUAUGGACAUCCUGCCUGCCUAUGAUGCUUUGGGGCAGGUGACCCAGGAUGCCCCACCAAAUGCAGAAGUGUACGUGAGGCUCCUGCAUGCCUGCAGCCACCCCGGGGAGUUUUCCCCCUGCUUCACUGAGCUGCAGAAGAUGUUUGUGAAGCGUUACCCUGCCAAGCUGAAGAACCUCCUGCGCCUGGUCAAGUACUGGUACAAGGAGAUGCUGAGUCCAAAGUACCCCAAUGCACACCUGCCCCCUAAGUAUGCCCUGGAGCUGCUGACCAUCUAUGCCUGGGAGGAGGCCACAAAGUCCUCCGACUCCUUUGAGAUGGCUCAGGGCUUUCGCACAGUGCUGGAACUGCUGCGCCUGCACCGGCAGAUCUGCAUCUACUGGGAGAAGUACUAUUCACUCCAGCACGGAGAGAUUGGUGCCCAUGUCAAGAUGUUACUGCGCAGUCCCCGCCCUGUCAUCCUGGACCCUGCUGACCCCACGGGAAUCCUGGGACAAGACAAGAACUGGGACUUGAUGGCAGAGGAAGCUGCCAAAUACUGCAGUUCACUGCCCUUCCUUCAAAAUGUGCAGCCCUGGAAUGUGCAGCCAGCCCGGCCCGUGACCAUUGAGGUGGUGCAGCUGUCAGGCGCCAGAUUGACAAGGAGUGUCAGCCCCUACACCACCAUUUGGAAUCUGAAGGAGAUGAUCCAGCAGGAGUGGGGCAUCUCGCCAUAUGCACAGCGCUUGGCAGAGCAGGCGUCAGGCAGAAUCCUAGAGAGCUCUGAUACCCUGGCCACGUACGGCAUCUUCUACAACACCACGCUACACCUGCUGCAGACCAAGCCCCAGGAAAUGCAGAUCUUGGUCAAGGAUGAUAAGAAUCGGACCACUACCUACACAGUGCUGCCCACUGCCACUGUCCGACAGCUGAAGGAGCAGAUCCAGGCUCGGCAAGGGCCUCCUGCCAGUGAGCAGCGCCUGACCUAUGGCUCCAAGGAGCUGGAGGACCAGCGCACGCUGGCUCACUACAACGUCAAGCCCAUGAGCACAAUCUUCAUGCUCCUGCGGCUCCGGGGGGGUGCAGGCUCCCAGCUCCCCUAGUUCCCUGCCUGUUUUCCCUCCUGACCAUUGCCCUCAGCACCAGCCCAUGCCCCUGUGUACCUUCCUGUCAUGCUGGAAAUAAAUACUUAGUAGAUCCUU